CAGAGGCAGGCAAGGCUAAGUCUAUUCUCUGAUGUUCUACUACAUUUGACACGAAUUAAAUCAUUGCGUAAGUAUGUAAUGUAGUGUUUGCAUUAUUAAAUAUUUAAUACAAUAUUUUAUCUUAUAAAUGGUCUAGUUACCGUGGAUAGGGUGAAAAUGAAAAUAAAUGUUAACUUUAAACAAAAUAAUUAAAACCGUCAGUGGUGAGUUAGAUAUUAUCGAACCAUUUCAGCUUUCAGUUUUCUAACACUGUAACAUAUCAUAUUAAUAUAAUAUUGUGUAUCAACACGUCAGUUCGCAAAACCCUUAAAAUAACAGAAAAGUUAUAGCUUCACAUUGUAAGUGCAAACAGUUUGGCUUAUGUUAAAGUUUGCAAUACGAUAAUCAUCCACUUGUAUCCAAUUCUGCUCUUAUAGCAAUUGUAAUACACUUUGUUCUAACUUUAAACAAAUGUUGAGUGUCUAAAAUCUGACUGGUGUCAAGAAGCGAUUCUUCUGUAUGGCCAAGUCUUUCACUUCAUUCCGUUCGGCAGUACAUCACACAGCAACAGUCACCAAUGCAACAAACAUCAACCGGUUUGUUGUAAACAAAAGUUUAUUUAACUACAAUUCACACACCAAGGCCGAUACUUAAUGUCGAAGCAACAAUCGAAUCCUUUCAGCACAACUCUUAAUUUAAUUAACCGCAAUUCCCAAACUAUGUUUGAUACUUAAUUUCUCAGCACAACGCUUAGCAGUCUUCAAUUCACAACAGUCAAUGUAGCACAUCCGCCAUCUAUCUUCUCUAACCACAACGAAAACUAACGCGUCACUUCCCACUACACAAUUACGUCACAACACUCUCACACAAACGAUACGGCUGCACAUAAAAUCUCUAACUAACAUCUUUUCCCUUUCAAACAUGACAACAACGCUCUACACAUAACAACAGUGAUUCUCAUACCCUCGACAACUAGAUGGCUUCUGAGUUGGGUAAGAAAAAUAAUGUUACCAACUAUAGGAAAUUAGUGAGUUGCCAGAGUUAGUUAAUUCAAUAGUUAGUAGAGUAAUACUAUGAUCAUCAAGUAAAUGAGGAUCGUAAUAGUAUACGGUCUUUUAAGAAUCCACUAACGUAAGUAUCCAAUCUCUCGUAUCCAAUCUCUCAUACACAAUCUCUGAAGUAUCCAAUCUUUCAAAUAUUUGUUUUUGUUUUGAUGAUAUCAUUUACUUGUCUUCAACUAGUCUUACCAUGUAUCUGGUGUUGACUUGAUUCACCACAAAUGCGGUUUUAAACGUGCCAUCUACAGGUCCAUUAAAAACAUUUAUGUUGUCAUAGCCCAGUAGAGUGUAAUAAUAAUAAUAAUUAGUUGUCUUAUAUAGCGCGGUACCCCGGCCUAGGUCUGGGCUCACCGCGCUUUACAUAAAAAAAUAUUAGCAAAAAGACAUAAUCAGGAUACUAAAAUAAAAUACAUAAAUGAAAUAAAAACAGCAUGUAACCAAAAAACAAAAACAAAGGUAUACAUUCACCCACCCGCCCCAGAAAUUGUACAAGGCAAGCCAUGGACGGCAGCCAUCAGGAUCUUUUAUCGGUCAGAGGAGGGGAAUCAGUCAGGGUGGUAGAGUUUAAAGAGAUGUGUUUUGAGCGCAGUUUUGAAAUGUGUCGUCUUCCUAUGUCGCGUACUGCUAUGGUUUUCUAUACAUUUUUUUUUGGAUAAUAUUUUAGGAUCGUCCCCCUAAUGUUGAAAUGUAUACUUCAAACACUGUUUGUCAAAUGUAAAGUAAGUGGGCCCAUUUUAAGUCAUGUGUGUCAUUUAACUAUUCCUAGUAAUUUGUCUCAGUAAAUAGUUAAAUAUAAAAAAAAAUGUUUGCAUCAUAUAUAGAGAAUAUGUUACUAUUUUAAUGUAAUGGAACUUUACUUAGCUUUAACUACUGAGUUUCAUUUCUUGCUAACAAUAUGUCGACACAGGUGGCGCUAUUGGAGAUGUCGUCACAUGUUCAAUGUCAAGUGAAUUAUUAAAAAUAAAAAAUGGGUGCUUCUGAUUCAAAAUUAAAUCUUCUCCUCAUUGGCAAAAGCGGAAGUGGAAAAAGCUCUUCAGGAAAUGCCAUCGCUGGGGAGCAAGUGUUCAGACCAUUUGAUGGAACUACAUCCAGCACACGGCGGGUGAAAUCUUGCACUAAAUUUCGAUGGGGAAGACAUUUAACACUGGUUGAUACCCCAGGACUUCUGGAAACCACAAUGGAUGAAAUCGAAC